UGUACUGGUCAACGAGCGAUCUCACGUACACGUUCUAAUUUGAGACCUCUUUUUUGUACGAUUUACCUAGUACCGGUCUUAAAAUGGCGGCAAUAGAAGGAGUAAAUUCGGAUCUUGCAAGAGAAAGAAGGAAUGCCACUUUUGACGUUGAAAAUCUCACAAAUUUUAUUUACAGAGGUCCCGAAAAAGUGAGAAGGAGGCGUUAUAUACACAACUUGGCUAUAAAAGACCCGGUCUUAAGGAGGGCUAAGCCUUGGGCAUUUCAAACUCGAGAGGAACAGUAUGAGACAUCUUUGUGGAAAAAUAUUCACAUUAACAAACAGCUUAAAGAGUUUGCUCUCACCGAACCUGCUGAAAGGUUCUACUAUCAAGAAGCAGCAACCCCACAUGAGAACAGUCCAAUUGGCCUACACACAGCUAUGUUUAUUCCCACCAUAGAAAAACAAGCAACAAAAGAACAGAAAGAAAGAUGGCUGCCACUAGCUGAAAGUCUGAAAAUGAUUGGAACAUAUGCUCAGACAGAAAUGGGGCAUGGCACAUUCAUCAGAGGGUUAGAGACAACCUCAACAUACGAUCCAAAGACCAAAGAAUUUGUCCUGAACUCACCCACCAUUACCUCCAUGAAGUACUGGCCAGGAAAUUUGGGAAAGUCCACCAAUCAUUGCCUGGUCAUGGCCCAGCUAUACACACAAGGAAAGAAUUGUGGUAUUCACAUGUUUAUGGUGCCCAUUCGGGACCUCGAAACACACCAACCUCUGCCAGGUGUGGAGGUUGGUGAUAUAGGUCCCAAGUUUGGAUAUGGCUCAAAUGAUAAUGGUUACCUCAGACUGAACAAAGUCAGAAUUCCAAGAGAUAACAUGCUGAUGAGAUAUUCCAAGGUACUGGAAGAUGGGACUUUUGUGAAGCCCCAAAAUGCUAAGAUUGCUUAUGGCUCCAUGGUAUUGGUUAGGGCAGUCAUUGUGACAGACACCUCCAGGGCCCUGGCACAGGCCUGUGUAAUUUCCAUUCGGUACAGCGCAGUCCGACGACAAACAGAGGUCAAACCAGGAGGUGAAGAGGCACAGAUUAUAGACUACCAAACUCAACAAUACAAGCUGUUUCCACUACUUGCCACCUCUUAUGCUAUGUACUUUGCUGGGCGGUUCAUGUACGAUUUUUACCUUAAAGCGACAGCGGAAAUUGAGGAUGGAAAUCUGGAGUCUAUGCCCCAGCUUCAUGCCAUUUCUGCUGGACUAAAGGCUUUCAGCACCUGGACGUGUUCUGCCGGGGUAGAGACAUGUCGCCUGUGUUGUGGAGGUCAUGGGUACUCUCACGCUAGUGGUCUGCCGAAGAUUUACGUCGACUGUGUGCCUGGUUGUACUUACGAAGGAGAAAACAAUGUCAUGAUGCUGCAAGUGGCCAGGUUUUUGAUGAAGAUGUAUCAGAAGAUGCAACAAGGAGAAUCACUUCCUAGUUUUGUGCAAUAUUUAAAUGUCGAUCUGAACAAGAAAUCCUGUAUGGCCGAGGAUGUUGCCCUUAAAUGCCUAGUCAUGGCCUAUGAACACCGAGCAGCACGAAUGGUAACAGAUGCUGCUACCAGCAUGCAGAACUUGGUACAGUCCGGAAAAUCACCAAUAGAGGCUUGGAAUGGCUCUACAGUGAUGUUGACAUGGGCUGCGACAGCCCAUUGCCAUGCAUUUGUUACGAAACAUUUUGUCGAGACAGUAAUGAAUUCCAAGAUGGAUGCCGAUGUUAAACUAGCUCUGACCAGUCUAUGCAAGUUGUAUGCUGUUCAUGGCAUCAUAGAAAAUCUUGGUGGAUUCAUACAGGACGGAUUUUUUGACUCGAAUCAAGUACACCUUCUGAAGAAUAAAUUGAUGGAUCUUCUGGCAGAGAUCAGACCCAACGCUGUGGCUUUAGUGGAUGCGUUCGAUUACCCAGAUGAAGUAUUGCAGAGCUGUCUGGGGCGUUACGAUGGACAAGUCUACCAGGCUCUGUAUGAAUACGCCAAAAGUUCUCCACUGAAUGAGAAGGAGGUGCUUGAUUCCUAUUUCAAAUAUAUUAAACCUGCUCAGCAAGGAAAUGGAUCCAUUCAGCAAUUUUCAAAGCUGUAAAAAACAUUCUGAAGCAGUCUGUGAUUUCAAUGUGAUUACUGUGAUUCUGUAGAAACUUAUUGCCAUUUUCUUGUUAUAGUGAUAUUUAAAAAACCCUAAUAUGUUGUAUAGAUUAUAUGGACAUUUGUUGUUUUAAUGUAUGCAGAAUUUAUUUAUUUUGGAAACCGGAAUUCAAAUUUGAUAGAAUAUGCAUAUAAUAAAAUAUUAUUAUCUCCCCUGACUAUCAAGGAAAAUGUUACAGCGGGAUUUUGGUCCUUUGCUCAUAUUUCAAUGACUUUUGGUACAGUGUACAUGUACAUUUAUUUAGCAACUUUAUGUACAAAUCUGUUCUAAUUUUAAAUACUCUUAAUUCAAGCUUUUUAAAUACUGUACAAAUCUACAUUUUAAUAUUUUCUAUAAUGUUUUGAAUUUUAAUACAUUGGUGAUAUAUUUUAAAAUUUUGAUUGAACAUUCCAUUUAUACAUCUAUGAUACAUGUAUUAUGUGAUGUAGAAGUGUUGAGUUAAUGUUUUGUAUAAAAAUUACUUGAUUCCUGUUCUAUUUUCAGUUUAUAGUUCCUCUUGUAAAGUUUUUAAUUGUUAUUUCACAAAUAUUUUAUGUUCCAGAUUACAUUGUAAAUGUCAAAUGAUUUCAAAUGUUUGAAAGCAGAGGGAAAAUAAGCACAGGAAUAUUUUCAAGCUUUGGAGAAGGAAAUGUUUAUGACAUAUUUUCCAUGAUCAGGAAAUGGACAGUAUCAAUUAUAUCUCAAAGUUUUGCAUAAAUAAAACUGGCUUCAUUUC